AUGUUUGAGAGAGUGACCUACGCUGACCUGCGGUUUGCAGGAAGAAAAGCUCUGGAGAAAGGCCGUGGGGAAGAGCCGGAGGAGGGGGAGCUCACCUAUGAGAACCUCCAGGGGCCUGGGACGCAGGAGGAGCCCCGCAGAAGUGGCCCGGGGGCCGAAGGCCAGGGUCUUCCUCGGGAGGCCCCCCUGAGGGCGGAGGGGCCUGCAGGGGCCCAGGGGAUCGAGCCUGCUGCCAGGAGACGGAGCGCCCUGGUCUCGGGGCACCAGGGCAGUGCAGGGUGGAGUCCCCGGACCAGGUGGGCCGCCUUGGGAGUGCUGGGCAUCGGCCUCUUUCUUCUCUCCGUCACCAUCAGCCUCGGGGUGCGAUACACCCAGGCCUCCCAGCAGCUCCAGCAGGCGUCCCAAGACCACGCGGCUGAGCACCACGCCCUGCAAGCCGGCCUGGAGGAGAGCCGGCACCUGCUGGGCCUGGCCAAGCAGGAGCUCCACUCCACCAAGGAGGAGCUCAACUCCACCAUGGUGGCCCUUUGGCAGAGCCGGGCAGCCGGGAACCGGACCCAGCAGCAGCUGCAGCACCAGGAGCUCCUGGUGGGCCAAGCCAACCACAGCCUGGCUCUCCUGCGGAGGGAGCGGGCGAGCCUGAUGGCCAACCUCAGCCAGGCCUCCUCCUGCCAGCAAAUUGGCUGCUGCCCCCCGGGAUGGAGGCUCUUUAGGUGGAAGUGUCUGCGGAUUGAUCAUACACCACAGUCUUGGGAUGAGAGCCAAUGGGACUGCAAAGAUGCUUCCUCUCAGCUGCUUAUCCUGAAGAAACCCUGGGAUGCUCACGAGGUCUGGCCCUCUGCGAGCCCUGAGCAUUCAAAUCAUUACUGGAUUGGCCUAAAAAAAUCAAGGAGCAGCUUCUUAUGGGUUGAUCGCAGCCCUGGCUUUGGGACUUCGGUGCGAUACUCCAUUUUCUGUUGGCGAGUACAGAUUCGUACGUCUAUACCUUAUGCCUAA